CAUACAAUGGAACUGACGAGAUUUGCUUUACUGUUAUCUGUGUUCCUGCUAAAAUUUAGUCAUGGCUUUCUGUUAGAGUCCAGUGGUUAUAACCGGUAUGACUUUGACAAAAUAAGGAAGGAAGUUGCAUCUUAUAAAGAUAUUGCCAACAGAAUAAUUGAUCUGUCUGUUUAUGGUGCAGCACAAAAUCAGUCUUAUAACAGACUCGCAGCUCUCACGGACAAAUUUGGGUAUCGUCUAGCUGGAUCACAAACUCUUGAGGAUGCUAUAGAUUAUAUGUUAGACCAGCUGAAGGCAGAUGCUUUAGAAAAUGUCCAUGGUGAAAAAGCAGAGGUACCCCACUGGGUCAGAGGUGAAGAAUCGGCGACCAUGUUGAAGCCUAGAAUACACCGCCUACCCAUGUUAGGGCUUGGGUAUAGCAUUGGUACAGGACCAAAGGGCAUCACUGCUGAGGUUAUUGUAGUCAAAUCAUUUGAUGAAUUGGAGAACAGAUCAUCUGAGGUUCCAGGGAAGAUAGUAGUUUACAACAACAAGUACGAGGGUUAUGGUAUAUCUGUAAGGUAUCGUGCUAGUGGGGCUGCAAAGGCAGCUAAAUUGGGAGCUGUGGCAUCGUUGAUCCGCAGUGUCACACCACUGUCUGUAGACAGUCCACAUACAGGCAUGCAGGAUUACGAGAAAGGUGUUAAUAAGAUACCAACAGCAUGUAUAACUGUGGAAGAUGCUGAGAUGAUGUGGAGAAUGGCACAGAGAGGUGAGAAAAUAGAAGUUUUUCUGAACAUGUCUGCUCAGAAUUUACCAACGACUAUCUCAAGAAACACUGUAGCCGAAAUCAAAGGGAGCACACACCCUGAGCAGGUUGUAUUAGUGAGUGGACAUUUGGACAGCUGGGAUGUCGGGCAAGGGGCAAUGGAUGAUGGUGGUGGAGCUUUUAUAUCUUGGCAAGCUCUUUCAUUAGUCAGACAGCUAGGAUUGAGGCCAAAACGUACACUUAGAAUGGUGUUGUGGACAGCUGAGGAAUUUGGAGGUAUUGGAGCACAGUCUUACUACGAGCAACAUAAGAAUGAUGUGAGCAAUUUUGAUUUAGUCAUGGAGUCUGAUGAAGGUACAUUUACACCUACUGGAAUUGAUUUUAAUGGUAAUGCAAAUGCCAGUAAAAUCAUGACGGAGGUUCUGAAACUCUUACAACCUAUAAAUGCUUCAAUACUUGAUGGUGGUGGUGAAGGCACAGAUAUAGGUCCAUGGAUGACAGCGGGUGUUCCAGGAGCAAGCCUCAAAAACCAAAAUGAUAAAUAUUUUUACUUUCAUCAUACAAACGGUGAUACGAUGACAGUGCAAGAUCCAGUAGCAAUGAAUUUAUGUUCAGCUGUUUGGGCCGUAACAGCGUAUGUUGUAGCUGAUCUUGACGAUAUGCUUCCAAGAGACAAGGACAUCCAUAUAAGUCUAACCCAGCACUGACGACCUGGAUCAUAUACCUCCAAGUGAUAGUGAUAUUCAUAAAGAUCUGACUGACUCACCACUGGUGUCUGGAAUUCAGUAUUGCCAUGAUAUGAUUAUAUAUUUUUUAAACCUCAAGUUAACACUUAAUGUAAAAUUUCCAUAGACAAACAGGGAUUAAUUUUAAAUACUAAAUUUUAGACAAUAUGAAUGUGUGAUAACUGUUUUAAUUACCACAAGUUGGGUGUUAUUUGUUUCCAAAACACCAUAUAGACAAGCAUUCCAAUUAAGUUGAUCAUGUGACUGUGACGCCUUUAAAUAGAGGAUAUUACAUGAGUGUCUUUUCAUACUGAAUUUAUUAAACGAGUUGAAUAAAAUUGAUAAAAUGCUCGGCUCUGCCGAGCAUUUUAUCAAUUUUAUUCAACAAGUUUAAUAAAUUCAAUGUGGAAAGUCACAAAUGUAACAUUCUUUUUAUCACAUGUUAGCUUUUCCUGUCAAAAACUCAUACAUUCUACUUUCUUUUACUAUAUAAACAAGUCAAUUUGACCAACGUCUCCAACGCUAUAAAUGACGUCGACGUCAAAGCUUUAUUACACUAGUGUAUUAUCAUUUUUAUUUAAUGGCUUUAUUACACUCCCGCGACGUCAAACAUGUGAUAAACAUUUUUUCAAAACAAUGACAGUCGCUGAAAAAGUCCUGUUUAAAUAUUAAUCCCGUUUCAUAGAAAACAAAUAUAUUUAUGUUUGAAGAUUUUUUUUAUUCUUAUUUUAUUUGUUUAGUAAAUAUCUCAUGAAGUAAAUUUUGGUAUAACAAAACAAAUAACAUCCAAUAUGAAAAUAAUUUUAAAUGAAUACCAAUUCUACACUAAUUCUAUACAUUUGUACCAAUAAAAAACUUAUUGGUACAGAAUUAUGGUGUUUUAUUGGUGCAGCAUUAAAUGCUGUUCUCGAUAAACUGUAUGGAUUCUCAUAUUGGUGUUACAUUGAAAAUAGUUUUAUGUGAAAAGUACAAAAUUGGUACUUCAUUAUUACAUCAUGUUAGGUAGCCCAGUCACAAAUAUUUCCGGUUAUUUUAGCUUUGUUUAUAGCGGGCAUAUAUAUAAUUUAUGGUCUUCUGUAACUAAAUAGUUGCUAGAGUUCCAUGAAUUAGUAUAUGCAACAUUUGAUGCACUCACAUAUUAAGUUGUGUAAGGAUUAUGGUGUCAUUUAGAAAAAAAUUGAAUGGAAUUUUAUCACUGAUCAAUUUUAAGAUAAAGCAGUAUAUCUUUGGAAGGUUAAUUUGAUUUUUAAAUGUUUUCAAUUAAACAGACACUUUGAAUUUUGUGGUUUAGUAUUCUUAUGUAUUCACAGCUGGGUCUAUUUUAAAAUAUGUAAACAUAAAAAAAUACAAACAAUGCUACUUUUUCUAUACAGUGUAAGUUUGCAUUAGUUUGGAAUACUUUUGACAUUACUAAAAAGUUUAAAUUAGUACAGAAUUCAUUGGAAUUUUUCUCAGGAGAUGCAAUGAAAACUGAUUGAAUCUACGUAAAUUUUGAAUUUAUUUUUCUAAGACUGACUAAUACCAGCUAGUACUUACAUUUAUGAAAUACCUAUAUAAAUUCUGUAAAAAAUUUGGCUUGUAUUUGACAAGUAAAUAUAAACACCCAGAAAAAGAAUCUGUAUUGUACCUUUUGUAUUGUAUGUUGCCGGACUACUUUCAUUAAUAUGCAUGACCUGACACAGUUCUAUAAAUAGCACACAUAAAACUGCACUAUGUUUAACAUCGAUAAACACUGAAGAUUUCGUUUAUUAACAAAACAACUAACAAAAAGGUAGAGGUAUAUAAUAAAGGGGUCAUUAUAACAGUAGCUAGAUCUGGGAUUUUGUAUUAGGCUCUCAUGGAUUUUGCAAGGUCAGAUCACACACGGCGCUGGCAUGUGUCCGAUCUGGCAAAAAAUCCCCAUGGAUCCUGAUACUGCAUCCCAGAUCGAGCUACAAUUGUAUUUACCCUAUUGCACAGUUCUGGAUUUUCGCACUCAAUAAUUUAGCAACUGACUGGUGGUGUAGCUGUUGAAAUUUUUGAAUAAUGUUUAGCACAAAAAGUGUCAUGUAGGGCUUUCAAAGAACAGCAACAAUAUAUUAAUCUGAAAAUGAGUCUUGAUUGCAAAGAGGUGUUGUGUCCCUAAAUAUUCAGCCUAGAAUUCAGUAUAUAUAACAAAUACUACCUGAAUUAAUAUUUUACAAUGCAAUAAUUAUUAUGGCUUUGUAUAAAAAGUACAGCAUUAGUAUUUCGAUUGUUUUGAUAUGGUAUAAGUAUUUUAUUAAAUAGUAUAUGUCACUUUUUAUACGCCCGUCUAUGAAAGAGCGGGGCAUAUUAUGUGAACACCCAUGAUGGGCGUGCGGCAGCGGGCGGUCAGAGUCCAAAAGCAUGUCCGCUCUUUAAGUCAAAUAGUUUUCAUCUGAUCUUCACCAAACCUGGUGACAAUGUUUGUGGGCAUAAUAUCUCAGCCAGUUUCGAUUACCAGCAAAAUCGCCCUAGGCACUCUUGAGUUAUGGCCCUUGAAUUACUCAAAAUCUGCAAAUUUAGCCUUGUCCGCUCUCUAAGUCAAAUAGUUUUCAUCCGAUCUUCACCAAACUUGGUGACAAAGUUUAUGGGCAUAAUAUCUCUACCAAGUUGAUAACCAGCAAAAUCGCCUCAGGCACUUUUGAGUUAUGACCCUUGAAUUAUUCCAAAUCUGCAAAUUUAGCCUUGUCCGCUCUCUAAGUCAAACAGUUUUCAUCCGAUCUUCACCAAACUUGCAGAUAAUGUUUGUGGGCAUAAUAUCUCGGCUAAUUUUGAUAACCAGCAAAAUCGCCACAGGCACUCUUGGAUUAUGGCCCUUUAAUUACUCGAAAAACUGCGAAUUUAGCCUUGUCCUCUGUCUGAGUCGAACAGUUUUCGUCCGAUCUUCCACAAAUUGCAGAUAUUGUUUGUGGGCAUAAUAUCUCGGCCAAGUUCGAUAACCAGCCAAAUGGCCCCAGGUACUCUUGGAUUAUGGCCCUUUAAUUACUCAAAAUCUGCAGAUUUAGCCUUGUCCGCUCUCUAAGACAAACAGUUUUCAUCCGAUCUUCACCAAACUUGCUGACAAUGUUCUUGGGCAUAAUAUUCAGCCAAGUUGGAUAACCAGCCAAAUCGCCCCAGGCACUCCUGGAUUAUGGCCCUUGAAUUAGGCCAAGUUUGAUGAAGGGCGUAUUUUGCGACAGUCUGACACUCUUGUUCCUUACGAGGUAGGCCUGUUUGGGUGAUAUUGAAAAUUGUCAACCUUUGAAAAAUGAUAACACCUUGGGCCUUAGGUGUUAUUACUUUUUGCCGGUUGACAGUCUCAGCUUCACUGGCCUGUGUUAGUUAUAUAAUAUCAGAACAUAUAACCAGACAAUCCAUCUUCAGCAAAAAUAUUUAUUUUGUGUUACUCAGUAGCUCACCUAUCUGAUAGUACAGAACAUUCAUUAAGGAUACAUGUCAUUGUAAUGAUGGGGAUAUAGAACUAGUUAAAUGCUCACAAUGCCUUUGUUAGCUCAUCUGAUUUUUUGAAAAAAAAUGAUGAGUUAUUGUCAUCACUUGAGCGGUUGUCGGCGUCGGCGUCAGCGUCGGCGUUGCCUGGUUAAGUUUUAUGUUUAGGUCAGCUUUUCUCUUAAACUAUCAAAGCUAUUGCUUUGAAACUUGGAAUACUUGUUCACCAUCAUAAGCUGACCCUGUAUAGCAAGAAACAUAACUCCAUCUUGCUUUGUGCAAGAUUUAUGGCCCCUUUUGUACUUAGAAAAUAUCAGAUUUCUUGGUUAAGUUUUAUGUUUAGGUCAACUUUUCUCCUAAACUAUCAAAGCUAUUGCUUUGAAACUUAGAAUACUUGUUCACCAUCAUAAACAGACCCUGUACAUCAAGAAACAUAACUCCAUCUUGCUUUUUGCAAGAAUUAUUGCCCCUUUUGGACUUAGAAAAUCAGUUUUCUUGGUUAAGUUUUAUGUUUAGGUCAGCUUUUAUCCUAAACUAUCAAAGCUAUUGCUUUAAAACUUGCAACACUUGUUCACCAUAAUAGGCUGACCCUGUACAGCAAGAAACAUAACUCCAUCCUGCUUUUUGCAAGAUUUAUGGCCCCUUUUGGACUUAGAAAAUAUCAGAUUUCUUGGUUAAGUUUUAUGUUUAGGUAAACUUUUUCUCUUAAACUAUCAAAGCUAUUGCUUUGAAACUUGCAACACUUGUUCACCAUCAUAAGCUGACCCUGUACAGCAAGCAACAUAACUCCAUCCUGCUUUUUGCAAUAAUUAUUGCCCCUUUUGGACUUAGAAAAAUCAUUUUCUUGGUUGAAUAUUAUGUUUAAGUCAAUUUUUCUCAUAAACUAUCAAAGCUAUUGCUUUAAAACUUGCAACAGUUUUUCACCAUCAUAAGUGGACACUGUACAUCAAGAAACAUAACUCUAUCCUGCUUUUUGCAAGAAUGAUGGCCCUUUUUAGACUUAGAAAAUCAUGGGUAGGACAAUAUUUCUAUUAUACAAAAAAAAUCAGAUGAGCGUCAGCACCCGCAAGGCGGUGCUCUUGUUUUUAAUGUUGCUUCCACAUUUUAGAUAUGAACAUAAAAUGAGCCGUGCCAUGAGAAAACCAACAUAAUGGGUUUGCGACCAGCAUGGAUCCAGACCAGCCUGCGCAUCCGCGCAGUCUGGUCAGGAUCCUUGCUGUUCGCUUUUAAAGCCUAUUGGAAUUGGAGAAACUGUUAGCGAACAGCAUGGAUCCUGAUCAGACUGCGCGGAUGUGAGGCUGGUCUGGAUCCAUGCUGGAUCGCAAACCCACUAUGUUGGUUUUCUCAUGGCACGGCUCAAAUAUAUAUUUUUUACUUGUUGAUUCUGUUUUCGAUAAUUUGUUUCUGUAAUAUUUGUCAAAGGUUUGAAUAUUUGUUAAUGCAAUAGUAUGUUUUAUUGAACUUAUUUUUUUAUUACUUCCCUUUAUUGUUCUGGUUUAAAGAAGAUCAUGUACAGUAAUGGAAGUAUUGUUAUUCUAACCAUGUAAUUAUGUAAUCAUCUAUUUUGACAGCUGUUUCAUCAGAAUUUUAGCAUAUUAAAUUAAAGCCUUAUGGGGCUUUAAACGUAUACUUACAUAUACAUUUCCUAUACCAUUACCCAGACACUUUCAAGAACUGAUGAAUGUAGAAAGCAUUACUGUGUGUCUCCUUUUAUUAUGAUUUGUGCUAUUUCCUUGACUUUAAAGUUCCCCAUAGGUUUGCUGGGCUAAAGUAAAAACUUGAGAAAAAGACUUUGAUAUUUAUUUCUGAGGUUUUUCUGACCUGGGCAAAAAGUUUUUACUGUUGAUCAGCAGGCCAUUCUAUGAGAGUGUAUAUAGAUCUGAGUAUUGUUGUAUGGAAUUCUUUAUAAGAAGUCAUGAUCUCUAUGGGAUACAAACACUGUUGUAUUAUACUGUUGUAAUUUACUGGUGAAUAUUUUAUGUAUUAGUAAUAUAUAUCUAUAUUGAAAAUGUGCCAUAUAUAUCUAUAAUGAAAAUGUGCCAUGAUCAAAUUAGGUCCCCAGAGUACACAGUGCUCAAUGCGAGUUUUUAGGGUCCUUGGACGUCUGUCAUCCACAAUUUGAAUUUAUUUAAAGAACAUCUUCUCGUAAACCAUAAAGCCAGUUUUAAACAAACUCUGCAGAAAAUUUCCUUGGGUGGCCAGCAUUCCGAUUCCUUCCAGUGUUGGUCGUCUCUGCAGAAGUCUGGUUGUCAUGAUGACCAGAAGGAAAACCUUUAAAAGAUCAUCAGAAUUUCAAACAAAUGUUCUACUUGUAGAGAGAUCCACUAACAAAUUCAUUCAAACACUUUGUUUCGUUAAAAGAUAUGGCAUACAGUCAUAUAGUGUUAAUUUUCUGUAUUCUAUGUGUUAAGGCUAUGUGGAAAAUUCUUCUCCUUAGAACCCUUAGAUCAGAUUCCUAAUUAAUUUCACAGCAAUGUGAUGUUGAUAUGUAAAGAAAACAUGACUGGAAUGGUGUGGGGUUUUCUCAAUAUGGAAAGCUAAAAUUCUGUGAAAUUGCAGGCUUGAUUUUAGAAUAAUUUGACUCAAAUGAACCUUUGGUGACCCUCCACUAAAGCCCUUUUGAUCAUUCAUUGAAAAAACAUGGCCACCAGGAAGAGGAUACAGGUUUUCCCUGUAUGUAUACAGUUGAUGCUUUAAAAAUCUUCUCUUUAAAAAAUGUUCCUUGGUGACCCUUUACCAAAUUCUUUCGGAUCAUUUAUUGUAAAUCAUUCCCCCCACGGAAAGGACAUGUUUUCCCUAUAUAUUUAUAGCAGAAGCUUUAAAAAUCUUUUCUUCAAAAAAUACAUGCAUGCACGAUUUUGAAACGAUUCCACAAAAAAUGUUUCUUGAGUGACUGUCUACCAAUUGUUUCUCAGAUUGUUCCGAUUCAUUGUAAAGCAUACCUGUCAGAGCUAGAAAUAGAAACAUCUCUUCCUUUCACCCUUGGCCAAAGUAAUUCAUUUUUUUCCUGAUUUGUCAAAAGGAAAUGGCAGUUUGAGCUGAAAAUAAAAAUAUCUUCAAAGGACAAUGUCAUGUUCUCCAGAAUUGCUGGUUUGAUUUUGAAUUAAUAGUAUGGGGACUGUUAAAUUAUUUUUGUUGACUGCCAAAUCUAAAGAUAUAAAAUAUUCAAACGUUACCAUCUCAUAAACCGCUGGUCCGAUUUUGAAAUAAUUUCACAGAAAUGUUAAUUUAUUUUGAUCGCAGUUAAUCAAGUUUGUUAAACAUAUUCGACCUUCUCAAAAAAAAAUGCCUGAGGGAGUUGUCACUCUUUAGCUCACCUGAGCACGAAGUGCUCAAGGUGAGCUUUUAUGAUUGCCCUGUGUCCGUUGUCAGUCGUCAACAAUUUGACUGUUAACACUCUAGAGGUCACAAUUUUGACCCAAUCUUAAUAUAACAUGGUCAGAAUGUUACCCUCAAUAAAAUCUUGGAAGAGUUUGAUAUUGGAUCAACUGGGGUCAAAAACUAGGUCACCAGGUCAAAUCAAAGGAAAAGCUUGUUAACACUCUAUAGGUCACAAUUUUGGCCAAAUCGUAAUGAAACUUGGCCAGAAUGUUGCCCUCAAUAAAAUCUUGGAUGAAUUUGAUAUUGGGUCAUGUGGGGUCAAAAACUAGGUCACCAGGUCAAAUCAAAGGAAAAGCUUGUUAACAUUGUAGAGGCCACAUUUAUGACUAUAUCUUCAUGAAACUUGGUCAGAAUGUUAAUCAUGAUGAUCUUAAAAUCCAAUUUGAAUCGGUCAUGUAGGAUCAAAAACUAGGUCACAAGGUCAAAUCAAAGGAAAAGCUAGUUAACACCGUAGAGGCCACAUUUAUGACCAUAUCUUAAUGAAACUUGGUCAGAAUGUUAAUCUUGAUGAUCUAUAGGUAAAGUUCAAAUCUGAGUCAGGUGGAGUCAAAAACUAGGUCACCCGGUCAAAUCAAAUGAAAAGCUUGUUCACACUCUAGAGGCCACAUUUAUGACUGUAUCUUCAUGAAACUUAGUCAGAAUGUUAAUCUUGAUGAUCUUUAGGUCAAGUUCGAAUCUGGAUCAUGUGGGGUCAAAAACUAGGUCACCAGGACAAAUCAAAGAAAAAGUUAGUUAACACUUUAGAGGCCACAUUUAUGACCAUAUCUUAAUGAAACUAUCUUGAUGAUCUUUAGGUCAAUAGGUCAGGUGAGCGAUACAGGGCCUUCAUGGCCCUCUUGUUCUGUUUGUAUAUUGUAGCUCAUAUAUGUAUACUACCAGUAUAUUGUGGAAACUUUAAAAAUAUCAGAAGGCCUAAUUUCCAACUGAUUUCACAGACAGAUAUUUUUCUUAUGUGACCAUCAAGCCAGCUGUGAAACUCAGAUGAGCGAUCUUGGGCCAUCACUGCCCUCUUCCUUAAAAAUACUUACAAAAUUAUAUUAUAUGAUCAUUUACCAUUGUGCAUUCUAUAUCAGAUGUGUGGUAAAAUUUAUGUAUUUUGUAUAUUUUUAGCUCACCUGUCACAAAGUGACAAGGUGAGCUUUUGUGAUCACGCAGCGUCCGUUGUCCGUGCGUGCGUGCGUGUGUAAACUUUUGCUUGUGACCACUCUAGAGGUCACAUUUUUCAUGGGAUCUUUAUGAAAAUUGGUCAGAAUGUUCACCUUAAUGAUAUCUAGGUCAAGUUCGAAACUGGGUCACGUGCGGUCAAAAACUAGGUCAGUAGGUCUAAAAAUAGAAAAACCUUGUGACCUCUCUAGAGGCCAUAUAUUUCACAAGAUCUUCAUGAAAAUUGGUCAGAAUGUUCAACUUGAUGAUAUCUAGGUCAAUUCGAAACUGGGUCACGUGCCAUCAAAAACUAGGUCAGUAGGUCAAAUAAUAGAAAAACCUUGUGGCCUCUCUAAAGGCCAUAUUUUUCAUGGGAUCCGUAUGAAAGUUGGUCUGAAUGUUCAUCUUGAUGAUAUCUAGGUCAAGUUUGAAACUGGGUCACGUGUGGUCAAAAACUAGGUCAGUAGGUCUAAAAAUAGAAAAAGCUUGUGACCUCUCUAGAGGCCAUACUUGUGAAUGGAUCUUCAUAAAAAUUGGUCAGAAUGUUCAUCUUGAUGAUAUCUAGGUCAAGUUCGAAAGUGGGUCACGUGUCGUCAAAAAGUAGGUCAGUAGGUCAAAUAAUAAAAAAACAUUGUGACCUCUUUAGAGGCCAUAUUUUUCAUGAGAUCUGUAUGAAAGAUGGUCUGAAUAUCCAUCUUGAUGAUAUCUAGGUCAAGUUCUAAAAAACUGGGUCACGUGCGGUCAAAAACUAGGUCAGUAGGUCUAAAAAUAGAAAAACCUUGUGACCUCUCUAGAGGCGAUAUUUUUCAAUGGAUCUUCAUGAAAAUUAGUCAGAAUGUUCAACUUGAUGAUAUCUAGGUCAAGUUCGAAACUGGGUCAAGUGUCAAAAACUAGGUCAGUAGGUCUAAAAAUAGAAAAACCUUGUGACCUCUUUAGAGACCAUAUUUUUCAAUGGAUCUUCAUGAAAGUUGGUCUGAAUGUUCACCUUGAUAAUAUCUAGAUCAAGUUUGAAAGUGGGACACAUGUGGUCAAAAACUAGGUCAUUAGGUCUAAAAAUAGAAAAACCUAAUGACCUCUCUAGAAGCUAUAUUUUUCAAUGGAUCUUCAUGAAAAUUGGUCAGAAUGUUCACCUUGAUGAUAUCUAGGUCAAGUUUGAAAGUGGGUCACAUGUGGUCAAAAACUAGGUAAUUACGUCUAAAAAUAGAAAAACCUUGUGACCUCCCUAGAGGCCAUAUUUUUCAAUGGAUCUUCAUGAAAAUUGGUCAGAAUGUUCACCUUGAUGAUAUCUAGGUCAAGUUUGAAACUGGGUCACGUGCGGUGCAAAACUAGAUCAGAAGGUCUAAAAAUAGAAAAUCCUUGUGACCUCCCUAGAGGCCAUAUUUUUCAAUGGAUCUUCAUGAAAAUUGGUCAGAAUGUUCACCUUGAUGAUAUCUAAUUCAGGUUCGAAAGUGGGUCACGUGCGGUCAAAAACUAGGUCAGUAGGUCUAAAAAUAGAAAAACCUUGUGACCUCUCUAGAGGCCGUAUUUUUCCAUGGAUCUUCAUGAAAGUUGGUCUGUAUGUUCACCUUGAUGAUAUCUAGGUCAAAUUCGAAAGUGGGUCACGUGCGGUCAAAAUCUUGGUCAGAAGGUCUAAAAAUAGAAAACCUUGUGACCUCUCUAGAGGCCAUACUGUUCAGGAGAUAUUCAUGAAAAUUGGUGAGAAUGUUCACCUUGAUGAUAUCUAGGUCAAACUUUUCAUGAGAUCUUCUUGAAAAUUGGUGAGAAUGUUCACCUUGAUGAUAUCUAGGUCAAGUUCGAAACUGGGUCACGUGCCUUCAAAAACUAGGUCAUUAGGUCAAAUAGUAGAAAAACCUUGUGACCUCUCUAGAGGCCAUAUUUUUUAAAUGAUCUUUAUGAAAAUUGGUCAGAAUUUUUAUCUCGAUGAUGUCUAGGUCAAGUUCAAAACUGGGUCACAUGAGCUCUAAAACUAGGUCACUAUGUCAAAUAAUAGAAAAAACGACGUCAUGCUCAGUUCAAAACUGGGUCAUGUGGGGACAGGUGAGCGAUUCAGGACCAUCAUGGUCCUCUUGUUUCUGUAUGCUAGAAAUUUUAUUUUAUGAAAUAAAGAUAUUCAACUUACAAUGUUUCUGCAUCA